AUUCACGGCUUGAGCACUUGAAUGAUACUCAUACAUACAUUACAUAGUCAAGCUUUCGUCGUUAAUUGUCGAUAAAGCUCGAAAUCAAGAUCUACAUGUGUGUCAUAAAUUAUACGACACUCGGUCUCUCUAUCUGUAUAAAUCUUGACAUUCGCUAGUUUCAUUUCAACCGCUCCACCGAACGCUUCGAAGAUAGAUUGAUUUUCAAAAGCUCAGUCAAUGCAAUAAAAUAGGAAGUGUAAUUAUCAAUCAUAUUAACUAUAGGGGUUUUAAAUGCGAUUUGCAUAAAAGUGUUAUUUUGCAUUUUAAUUGGGCGCUGCUGUUAAACUGUACUACAGGGAAUUCAAUUAAAUAUCGCAAGAUAAUGAAUUAGUGUUUAAGUAUGUACAUACAUCCAUACAAUACUAUGCAUAAGCAUGACUUUCCUUUAAAAAUACUUCGAUUUCGUGGUUUGCAUGCAAAUUACGCUAAUAUUUUGUUUAUCAGCUACAUGCAUAUACAUACAUAUACUAUAUAAAUACAACGAAAUAUUUAAAAAUGAAUUACAAGACCGUAACAGAAUUUUCAGAAAACAUUCACAUAUUUGACAACAAUUAUAUAAAUAAUUGAAUAUAAACCAAUGUUUUUUUUUAACUUCAGCCUGCUUUACGUGUACCCUUAAAUAAAUACAUCUAAAUUGACGUUCUAUUAUUCUGUAAGAUAAAAAUUUCAAAGGUCGUCAAAAAAUCAACAUUCACACCAGAAUGUAUGUAACUACAAUAAUAAUUGAUGUUUGCUUACUCGCAAUGGCCAUCGUAAUGACAACAUGCGAAAAUAUUCCAUUAAAGACAAAAAGAAUACGGCGUGACGAUCAAAAUAUUACUUCAAGCAUUAGCAAAUUUUUGGAGGAUGACAUUGGGUGGACGAAUAUCAAUGCCGAAGUCGAUGUGGUUACACCAAUGGUUUUAUUACAUCUUCAGAAACUGGGUAUAGAGCAUUUAGAGCUCCCAGACAUGAGGGAAAGCAUUUCCAUUAUGCCUUUUUUCAUAAAGUAUGAGGCUGGCCUGCAUUUAAGUAAUGGAAUUGUCUAUAAUCUAGCAGGCAUACAAAGGUAUAACAAUGCGUUUAUGACAUAUGAGGGCAAGUCGUUUUUAACUCGAUUUUAUUUAAAAAUUGAUAAACUUCAGUUUGAGUACAAUUUACAACUAAAGGUUAUGGCCAUUGAAGGGUACGGAAAAGUGAUAGGCUCAUUAGACGACACAAUCAUUUAUGCUGAGUUGGCUGUUAAUGUUAUCAAUUCGAAGCUUCAUCUUUAUGAUUUUCGAAUAAUUGAAUUCAGUAAUAUACAUGUUCAAUUGAAUCAAGCUAGAUUGAUACGAGACUUAACUGGACUGAUUUUGAGCCCCAUUACAAAUCUUUUCAAAAAUCGAAUUACAACAUCGAUUGCUGAUGGCCUGAAGGAACAAAUGCAGGCAGUCAUGGAUGAUUUUAAUAACGAAGAUCCUUUGGAACUAAGAAAAUUUACUAAAAAAUUAUUGUCUGGUAUUGCAGGCGAUUCCGUAAAAAGUGGAUAAUAAUAGUAAUAAAAUAAUUUACUUUAAACAAUUUA